CUUUGAACAUGUGGAUGACCGAAGUGCUGAAGCCAGAUUUGGCAAAGAAAAUCGUGAGAUUGCUGCUGGACGCAAUUAUGGAAGAUAGACAUGCUCUACUUUCCAACCAAAAGCUGCUCGCAAUGCAGACUGUCAUUCAGUCCAUUUCUCGUGUUAAUGAAUCAAUUGCUAAAAAGGACGAGGAAUCCGAAUUUUAUAAAGAAACGUUUGAAAAUCCGUUCUUGGAGAAAUUAAAAGAGCAUUACCGAUGUGAAGCUAGUAAAAUGCUUCAAGAGCUCUCUAUUUCCCAGUACAUCGAGAAAGUGGUGGCGAAAUUGGACGAGGAGAGCAAGUGGAGUGCCAUCAUUAUACCCAACCGUCCGACUGAUUUUGUGCAGGAUGUUUUCAUGGAGCAUUUUAUCCAAAAUAAUAGUAUGGAUCAAAUAUUAAGUGAGGGAGUAAGGAUGAUUGAAGAUGAACGAGCUGAUGAUCUGGUCAAUUUUUACAAGAUUCUUAAGGAAAUUCUUCAAAGAGAAGCUCGCAAUAACGACAGUGAAACUACAAAGCUGAGCCCACUGAUAUCAGCCUUUCAAAAUCAGGUCCAAAAAAAGGCAUUGGAGAGUGUCGUCAUGUUGGAAGGAGAAGAUGUGCACAUCCAGUACUUUGAAAAUUUGCUUCUCGUCCACGAUAAAUACACUGGCUUGAUGCAAGAAAUGCUUGAAUUCAACAGUUUGUUCAAUAAUGCGUUGCAAAAAGCUUUUCAAUUUGUGUCCAGCCAAAAACUUGCUUCAAGGAAAACCGGCGAUCCAGCUGAAUUGUGCGCGAAGUACUGCGACACGUUGCUCCGCAUGUCGAAUAGCAGUGACUCUGAUAUGGACCGAAAAAUUGAUCGAUGCCUAAUAGUAUUGCAGUACAUUUACGAGAUGGACGCAUUUUUAAAGUUUUACGCUCGCUUGUUAGCGAAGAGGCUGCUCCUUCAAACGUCUGAAUCGAUUGAACGCGAGGAAAGAAUGCUCACUAUGCUGGAUAAAUUUAGUGGUUUUGGAGGUACCGAUCUGUUAAAAAAAAUGCUUGUAGACGUGAAAGUAUCAAAUGAUCUGAACGCGGAGUUUGAUCAUUCAUCUUUAAAAGUCAGUAAAUUUGACUUCUCUGUCAAAGUCCUUCAAAGUUCAGCUUGGCCAUUGCCUCAUGUGGAUGUGCCUGUGAUUUCUCUGCCUAGAGAAAUCGAGUGUGUGAUUAGCCAGUUUACAAGUUUCUAUAUGGGAAAGUUCAAAGCUCACAAAAUAAAGUGGCAUUUCCCUAUCAGCAAGUGCGUAAUAAAGCUCAACUAUCUGCAUGAUAAACAGUACCUGGUCUCGAUGGAUACCUACCAUUUGGCAGUUUUAAUGCUUUUUGAAUCUACCGACAAACUUGUCUUCAGUGAAAUCAAGCAAUGCGUACCACUUCCAGAUAAAACGCUUAAAUUAAAUAUCGGCGCUCUGGUUGAAAAACAAAUCCUCACAUGUGACACAGACGUGGUUGGAGAUGAAAGUCAAUUAACCCUGAACCUGAAAUUCUCCCACAAGGCCACCAGGAUUAAAAUCACCAAUCACAAGGAACGUAUUAUACCAGAAGAGAGGGCCGAAACGAACCGAUCUGUUGAAAAUGACCGUAAUUGCUACUUGCAGGCGGCUAUCAUACGCGUCAUGAAAGCUCAUAAAACACUCUCCUACAAAGAUAUCGUUUCUGAGGUGUUUGCCCAAACCAAGGGAAAAUUCCCCCUGCACAUGUCAAAUUUCAAGGUUGCGAUCGAUACCCUGGUUGAUAAGUAUUAUAUUGAGAUAUUACCAGAAUCUCAAGACGUCUACAAGUACAUAGCCUAAUUAACCUCAUUUUUAAAAUUCAAACUGAUGAUACAAGCAUGAUUCCAAAGAGUAAUAUUCGAUUAUCUU